UGGGCCGAGCCGGGCCGGGCCGGGCGGAGGGGCCGCCCCGCCUUUUAUUCGGCGGCAGCUGGUGCCGCGGGGCCGCCGCCGCCUGGGCCGCCGCCAUGCCGGGCUCGCUGAAGGAGGAGACGGCGGCGCUGCUGGAGGACUACUUCCAGCACCGCGCCGGCGGGGCCGCGCGGCCCCCCAGCGCCACGGCGGCCGCGCUGCGGCGGGCGGCGGCCGAGCUGGAGCGGCGGGAGCGGGCCUUCUUCCGCUCCUGCGCGCCGCUGGCCAGGGCCGAGCCGAGGGAGGCGCCGGCGCUGCUGCGGCGGGUGGCGGCGCAGCUGGAGGCCGACGGCGGCCUCAACUGGGGCCGGCUGCUGGCGCUGGUGGUCUUCGCCGGCACGCUGGCCGCCGCGCUGGACGAGAGCGGCUGCAGCGACGGGCCGCGCUGCCUGGCCGCCGCGCUGUCCGCGUACCUGGCCGAGGAGCGCGGCGAGUGGCUGGAGGCGCACGGCGGAUGGGAUGGCUUCUGUCGCUUCUUCGGCAGAGCUGGCUCGCAGCCAGCUGACCAGAGCAGCACCAUAAGCAACGCCAUCAUGGCUGCAGCAGGAUUCGGCAUUGCAGGAUUGGCUUUUCUCUUGGCGGUGCGGUAGGCUGAUGAACGGAUCUUGCUGUGGGAAAGUACUCUCAAAACUGACAAUUACCAGAUUUCACUCUAUUUUCUAUAGAACAGACCCUCUAAGAAGAAGUUUAUAUUUUUAAACUGGCUCGGAAAACUGUCUCACCAAAUCCUCAGCUAUAAACUGCUUCACUUGCUACCCAGUAACAACACAAGCAAAUGUGUACUAAACCACCAUUUGUGCAUGUUCGAAACCUGUCGCCUCCAAACAUCCUCUGGACUUUCUUUUUGAAGAGGUAACCUAAACUUUAGCAUGGUUCAUGUACUGUAACGUCCGAGUGCUCGAUGUUAUGUUAGGAAAACAUUGUGGUGGACUUGCUCCUACCCUCUCUGUGCAAAAUGUCCUCUUUACACAGAGGCGAGUCUUGGAGUCCGCCUUCCAGUCAUACUGUAAAGCAGGUGAACGCUGACUGUGGUUUAACGUUGCUUAUGGCUUCAAAUGUGGUGCACAGCGCUCGUUACCAAAAGGCAACUCGUUGGCUGAUUUAGAGCAAUUAGUGCCCGUGAUGUGAGAGGCAUUAGGGCUUAAUAUAACAUAAGGCUGAUUUCAUUACACUACAAGAAGAUAAGUAUUGAUUACAGGUCAGUAAUGGCUGCAGUACUGAUUCUUACUGAAAGGAAUUUAAAUAUUGGACCAUAAUUGGUAUAUUGAAAUCCAGUGGAGGCUGGAAUUUCUCUGGAUUUCCUUGUCAAAACGAGAAUUUCCAUAUAUCUUAAUAUAUUUUUGAAGUAUUUAUCACUGUAUAAUACUUGUAGCCAUGACAUCUUUAUUUUUGUUGAAGACUUAAUGCUGGUUCUUGUCACUCUAGUGUGUAUCAAGCGUUGUCUUGUUUGAGUAAUAUUUCACUCUGUUUUCAACAUGCUAUGUAUUUCUUUCAAUGGUUGUACAAAUUGCUUUAUGUUUCUGGUAGCUUUUAAUAACGUUCCUGGGUUACUCAUAGCGUGUACAAUUUUACUAUGGUGACUUCAAAGGUGAAUAAAUGUUAAGUAUUUUUAUUUUAAAAA